AUGUCUUACCUACCCAUUCAUCUCCCAGCACUGGGGAAGAACGUCCAUCGAUUCAAAGCAACUCCCAAGAUUCUCUUCAACUAUCACGGCCAAACAAUCAUCGAAGACACACUUGCUGACCUGCUCCUGGAACUAGAAGACUUCAAAUUGCGCUGGGAGGAGACCACAGCCAGCAAUGUUCCAAGGGUGUGGUAUGACUACUACGACACAGUGAACGAGGCCCAAAGUGUAUGGGGGCAUGAGAGAAAUGGUGCAGGCUCGGAGAGCCGUAAGAUGAGAAAGUUUUGGAGGUGGUCGAGCGCAGUUAGAGAGUUGAGGGAUUCGAUUAUUCAUUGGAUGAAGGAGCAAGAUCUACCGCCAGGGUAUAGUCAAGGGAAAGGCCGAAGCUCCUUAGUGUUUGUUCCAAGACAGGAGGAGGUACUUCCACCAUAUUCACCACCUGGAGAGAAAAGGCUAUCAAAAUCGCCUUGUGUGGAUCGGAAUCAGGCUGUAGUCGAAGAGCUUGGGAUAACAUAUACCAUUUGGUAA